AAUUUUUCAGUGAGAAUCAAAACAAAAGCGUUGCAAAAUGGGGAAGGGUUUUCAAAACUUCAUGUCCAAAAAGGACUUCCAUCCAUCCGCUUUUCGGAAUCUCAAAAUGGUCUGGGAAGCACGACAGAAGAAGUCUUUGGAGGACAAACGACAAGAAGAACUUCGAGUUGCUUAUGAGAAAGAGCAAGAAAUUUUGAAUAACAAAGCUCUUCUUGGAGACGAAAAGGCCAAAAUGGGAUUAUCGUUCAUGUAUGAUGCUCCAGCUGGAAUGACAAAGAGAGAAGAACCGAAAGAAGAGCCGAAAUUCGAAUGGCAACGGAAAUAUCAAGCACCACGUGAAGAUUGGGCUAAAGGAAAUGAAGAGAUCCAAGAUCAACCAUUCGGAAUUCAAGUUAGAAAUGUUCGAUGCUGUAAAUGCCACAAAUGGGGUCAUAUAAAUACGGAUCGAGAAUGUCCAUUGUUCGGAAAAUCUGGAAAUUUUGAAGAUGAAGGAUAUGCAAAUAAUCCAUCAGACCUAAUCAAAGAUCUUCGUCGGAGACGACAGGAAGGCAAAGCAGGACCUUCAACAUCGAAAUCGUCUGCUGCUGCGGCGACAGGAGAAGAUGACGAUGAGGAUGAGUGGAUGGAUCAUCAGCAACUUGCGAGUGAUAUGCGUGAAGAACAUGGAAUCAAACUCAAAAGUUCUGUUUUGGCUGGAAUGCAGACAGAUCAACAGCUAACAAGAAUGAAAAAAGAAAUGACCGAAGAAGAAAUGAUGCUGGAGUUUUUCAAUUCGAUGACUGAAAAGGAAAAAAAGAAAUUGCAUAAGAAGCUGAUGAGCGGUGCAGAUUUGGAAGAUGUAAUGAAGAAGAAGAGUAAAAAAGAGAAGAAGAAGGAAAAGAAAGAGAAACGGAAGAAUAAAGACAAGAAGAAAGAUAAGAAGAAAAAUAAGAAGAGCAAAUCUCGUGAAACUGAUGACGAUUCUGAUGGCAGCGAUAGUGAGGAUGAUUGGAAAGAAAAAUCAUCGAAAAGGAUCAAAAGAGAAGUGGAAAGUUCUCCGGAAUACAGAUCGAAGUAUAUCAAGCAGGAAGUUUUAUCAGAAGACGAGAAUUCCCAUGGAAGAAAGGAUUCGAGCCGAAAAAGAGCGCAUAAUGAUUCAGAAUCGUCAAACGAAGUAAGAUCGUCAGAGAGGAAGAGAUCUCGAAGAGAUGAUUCUCCGAACGCCAAAAGAAGUAUCGGGUUGAAAUCGCCGGAGAGGAGAAGCUCACGAGAUCGGAAAUCUUCACCCAAACAACGUCAGGAUUCACCAGUGAGAAGACGGCGAAGUCCAUCGUCGAUUCGGAAGGAAAGUCAGCGUGUUCGUAAACAUUCACCAGAACAAAAAAGAAAUGGCCGUCAUGAUUCACGAUCAGUGUCCCCUGUUAGAAGACGUCGUUCUCCGUCUCCUGACAAUCGUCAGCUGGGUUCGAGAAAACAAUACUCGCCACUGCGACGUCGCCAAUCAUCUCCGAUGGUUGCAUCACCAAGAAGACGUAGAUCUCCAUCACCAGAACGACAGCGCAAGAGACGUUCACCAUCCGAUUCCCCGCCAACAAGGCGUCUUUCUACGUCACCGAUCCGACGUCGUAGAAGUCCAUCGCCCAACAAGUUGCCUGUGAGAAGGCGUCGUCAUGAUUCCGGAUCGCCUGAUCGUGAUGGAUCUGAAUCACCGAAAAUGUGGAGAAAGAAGUCGCAUAAAUGAACGCUAUUCAAAUCAAUUUUUAAAAUUAUUAAAUGUGGUUUUCUUUUAAAUUUUUUCCGUCAUGUCUAAUAAAGUAUUUUCACACAUU